GUCUGCUGCUGCAUCCUGUACAUCCUUCUUUUGACCAGAUUUCGCAUCAUGUCCAAGCUCACGACCAAGCGGCAUCCAGAGCUGCUGAGCUGUAACUUCAACCAGGAUUUCUCAUGUAUCGCUGUCGGUCACAAGAAAGGGUACACAAUCUUGAACUGUGAUCCUUUUGGCAAAGUCCAUUCGAAGAAUGAUCAGGGUGCAACGGGUAUCGUGGAAAUGCUCUUCUGCACAUCUCUGGUGGCAUUGGUCGGUGCGGCUGACACCCAACCCAAUAAUUCCCCUCGCAAGUUGCAAAUCGUCAAUACAAAGCGCCAGUCAACCAUCUGCGAGCUCAUUUUCCCUACUUCCGUACUCUCCGUCAAGAUGAACCGCAAACGCUUGAUAGUAGUGCUCGAGAGCGAGAUCUACAUUUACGACAUCUCAACCAUGAAGCUAUUACAUACGAUUGAGACAGGACCGAAUCCAAAUGCCGUCUGCUCCCUUUCGUCCGAUAGUGAACACUCCUACCUUGCAUAUCCCUCCCCUUCUGCAGCCUCAACCACUCCCAUGCCUUCCACCAUGUCCGUUCCGGGUCCUCCGCCAGCGCCAACGACAGGCGAUGUCCUCCUUUUCGACACCAUCUCCCUUUCAGCUCUGAAUGUCAUCCAGGCACACAAGUCGCCCAUAGCCUGCUUGGCACUCAAUUCCACGGGGACAAUGUUGGCAACUGCUUCAGACAAGGGGACAGUGGUUCGAGUAUUCUCAGUCCCGGAUGCCAAGAAGCUGUGGCAGUUCAGACGAGGUAGCUCUUCUGCGAGGAUCUGGAGUAUCAAUUUUAACCUCAUGUCGACCUUGUUGGCAGUCUCUUCGGAUUCCUCAACCAUCCAUAUCUACCGAUUGGCUGGACCCGGCAAAGGAUCAAAGGGAGGAGCAAUGGGUGGCGGUGGUGGUGGGAGUGGAGAUGCCUCGAAUGACGGUGGAGAGAGGUCGCCGACAUUGUCAGAAGCACCCAGUACGCCGGUUCCAGGAUCGUCACCACCUGGUUCAGGUCAUACCGCGACGAGCUCCCUCAAACGUCGCUCGUAUCACAUUGGGAAGAGCUUUGUCGGAGGCGUUGGAGGAUACCUGCCUCGGAGCGUUAGUGAAAUGUGGGAACCACAGAGGGACUUUGCAUACAUCAAACUCAGAAGCAACCAAGGCAGGACAGUGGUGGCCAUGUCCGGUACUGUUCCUCAGAUAAUGGUGCUCUCCUCGGAGGGGCUGUUUCAAGCGUACAAUAUCGAUCUGGAGAACGGAGGCGAGUGCUCGCUGAUGAAGGAGUUUGCGCUUCUGGGUACAGACGACGCUGGCGCCAUAUCGGGUCUGGAGUAGGGAUCAAUCACUCGAGAAAUGUUGUACACUGUGCACACGUGCAU